AUGUGCGAUCACUCCGAGCCUUCUUCGGUUGAGCAGGUCAAUGGCAGUGCUCCCGACACCCACGUCGCUAUCGACACGUCCGCUCCUAAUACAAACGGCCAUCUCGCCAAGACGAGUGGUAAUGUUGGCGAGGUGCAACCCUUCAACACUCGUUACUCUGACUUCCUGAGCAACGUCUCCAACUUCAAGAUCAUCGAAUCGACGCUGCGUGAGGGCGAGCAGUUUGCCAACGCCUUCUUCGAUACGGAUACCAAGAUCAAGAUCGCCAAGGCUCUGGACAAGUUUGGCGUUGACUGCAUCGAGUUGACCUCGCCCGCUGCUUCGGAGCAGUCGCGCAAGGACUGCGAAGCUAUCUGCAAGCUUGGUCUGAAGGCCAAGGUUAUCACUCACAUUCGAUGCCAUAUGGACGAUGCUCGGAUUGCUGUCGAGACGGGUGUCGAUGGUGUCGAUGUCGUUAUGGGCACGUCCAAGUUCCUUCGUGAAUACUCUCACGGCAAGGAUAUGACUUACAUCACCAAGACUGCCAUCGAGGUGAUUCAGUUUGUCAAGAGCAAGGGCAUCGAGAUCCGAUUCUCGACGGAAGACUCUUUCCGAUCGGACUUGGUCGACUUGCUGAGCAUCUACCAGGCUGUCGACAAGGUUGGCGUCAACCGUGUGGGUAUUGCCGACACGGUCGGCGUUGCUAAUCCAAGACAGGUCUACGAUCUUGUCCGCACUCUCCGUGGAGUGGUUGCAUGCGAUAUCGAGUGUCAUUUCCACAACGACACCGGCUGCGCUAUCGCCAACGCAUACACUGCUCUCGAGGCCGGUGCUACGCACGUCGACACUUCCGUCCUCGGUAUCGGCGAACGAAACGGCAUCCCCUCGCUCGGCGGCUUCAUCGCUCGGAUGUACACGGCUGACCGAGACUACGUUAUGAGCAAGUACAACCUCAAAGCACUGCGUGAAGUGGAAAACCUGGUCGCCGAAGCAGUGCAGAUCCAAGUGCCGUUUAACAACUACGUCACCGGCUACUGCGCUUUCACACACAAGGCAGGCAUUCAUGCUAAAGCCAUCCUCGCCAACCCAUCGACAUACGAGAUCAUCCGUCCCGAAGACUUUGGCAUGAGUCGUUACGUUUCCAUCGGCCACCGUCUCACAGGUUGGAAUGCGGUCAAGUCGAGAUGCGAACAACUCGAGCUCGAUCUCACCGAGGAACAGGUCAAGCAGGUGACAGGCAAGAUCAAACAACUCGCAGAUGUUAGGGAGCAGACUAUGGAGGAUGUUGAUUCCAUCCUUCGAAACUAUGCUCGCGCUCUUGAGAAGGGUACUACUGGCUAA